AGUCCGAUCCCACUCGACAAGGAUUUUUACAUCAUAUGAAAGUCGAUGACGACACGGCCGACCGCACGUGCGAGGACGUGCCGCGAGAGGUGAGCAGCAAAAGUCUUCCACCCCCAGCCCACAGCUCCACCACGGCUGCUUCAAGCUCCUUGAGCAGCUCCAGUGCUACAGACUACAGCGUCUUCAGGCACGACCCGAUAGGGAAAGGUUCGAAUCCCAGAGAGAACGCUGCAAAUGAGCGCUGUGCUGACACUUUAGGUAUUUGCCGAUCUCUCGUGCUAAACAACCGCAGCUCUCCGCUGACCGCAGGAAGUCCAGAGCUCAACAGCGACUGCCCCAGCAGCGGUCAGCCGCUAGACAUCACCCGACAGAGCGGCGAGGACUAUCGUGCCAGCCACGGGGCAUCCUCAGGCCACCGCCAGCUCACCCCUCCGCCAGCAACAACGACGAAAGCGCCGGAGACGCCAUGCAUCCUCUGCCCCCUGUGCAGGCAUGAGUGUGCGGGAACGAAACCACUGGAAGAACACCUGGUCAAGGAACACAACGUUGCGCCCGAGGGGAUCCAGCGGCUCAUGUCGAUGGUGGAAAUGCCUGCCUCCCCCGCCCAGGGCGCGGCUCCCACCCCAAUCGCGGCCGACUCGACAGACGCCCAUUCUCACAAAGACCCGCGGGAAUCUAAACACAAUCCUGAACACAAGGGUGGUCACCCAUUCAACGGGGGCGCCACCAGCUAUCACCAAAACAACAAUAACAAACUGGAUUCCCGUGACUCCCUGAAUCCAACCACCCCCUCACCAUCCCAACCAUCCCCAUCACCAUCCCAACCAUCACCAGCGGUCACCACCAGCUCAGGGAAGUCCGGCACCAGGACAGAGCCACACGGCUACACAGGUGCGUUCAUCUUCGGCUACGACAACAGACAAAUGGCACCAAUCGACGAAACCAAAGAGAUUGACCUGGAACACCUGGAGGCCGAGCAUGCAGGUCUUCUGGCCAAAGAAGGUUUAGACCUUGCUGCUCAAGAGAAACUGGAUAAAGAAUUUGAAGAUUUGUUCCGUUGCCAAACAUGCAAUCAGACUUUUAGCAACAUUGACAAACUCUACUGCCACCAGAACGAACUGGGCCACUUGGAGCUGAAGCAGACUCCCAAGGGCCCAGGUUAUUUGUGCUGGAAGAAAGGGUGCAAUCAGUAUUUCAAGACAGCCGUGGCGCUACAGGUUCACUUCAGGGAGAUCCACGCCAAGAAAUCUCUGGCUGGUACCUUAUCUGCUCAGGAACUCGAGGCCUACAAGUUCAAGUGUGGCCAAUGCAGCUACUGUUUCAAGUCUUUAGAGGUCAUGCAGAGGCACACACUAAUCCAUCUGCUGCAGUCUGUUACUCACUGCAGGAUAUGCUCUCGGAAACUAAGCUCCAUUGCUAAAAUGAGACAGCAUUUAGAAGUCACCCAUGGGGACAUGAGCCUAGCUGAUAUGACCAUUCAGAUGGAAGGUAUAGAAGCAAAUGCUGCACUGCUGUUCAGCAGUCCAGCUUUUGAACAAUUCACGUCUAAAAUGUUAAUGGUUAAUGGUAACAGUCAAAGCAAGCCAAGCUAUUUUUGUAAUGAGGAAGAAUCAGGUCAGGGCAAGUUGACCAAUGGUCUAGACAUGAAAGAAAAUAUAGAAAGAAAUGAUGAUGAGAUGGAUGAAGGGGAUGGAAUGACGGAUCAUUACAGAGAAAAGCAUUUUUUUGAAGACUACAUGAACAGCCAGUCCAUGGCUGAGGAGCAUUACAGAGAUGUGAACCGCAAGUUUAAGUGCACCAAGUGCCGGGUGGCUUUUACCAACCAGCGCUACCUGCUCUCUCACAACAAGACAUCCCAACACAGGCAGUUGGAGAUGUCUGAGAAGUUUGACGACCCUUCAAGGCCCUACAGGUGCGAGCUGUGUAAAGAGUCUUUUACCCAGAAGAAUAUCCUGAUGGUCCACUACAACUCCGUGUCCCACCUGCAUCGGAUGAAGCAGCACAACCAACUUAACGGGGAGAAUCUGUUCAACACAUCAGGGUCCCUUUCCACCCCUCCUCCCUUGUCACCAUCCCCCAAUGUGAACUCCCCAUCUGGGAUGGCCCAAUCAAACGGAGGCUAUGAGACCGGUAUGGAGAGCAGCAACAGCAAGCCGUACAAAUGCAAUAUAUGCAAGGUCAGCUACAACAACCAACCAAGUAUUGAAAUUCACCUGCGCUCCGUCGGCCACAAGACCAAAGCCAGCAAGUUGGGAGAGCUGAUCCACUCAGGGCAGGUAGACGUUCAUCAAGCUCUGAUAGAACACCCUGACCCUCGCUCAGCGGGUAAACAACAGGCUCAAAUCAUUGCAGACCUGAUUCAUCAACAGGCAACAGCGCAGGCGGCAUCCAACGCCAGCUAUUUCAACAACCUCCAAGGCAUGCAAGGGCUGAACACCAUGGCCCAGCUGUCAAUUCUCCAGGGACUAAGUCCAACAACCAGCCACAUGCUCAAUACAGCUGCACAGAAUGCUCUAGUUGCCAUGUCCAAUGCCCAGCUGGAAGCCUACUAUCCAUCCUUGGCAUCUCAGUUCAAGCUCAACCAUGGUGAGAACUCCAGGGGGGAGAACUCUAAACUAUCUAACUCUACCAAAGAAAAGCUCAUGAGAGCAAGUCAAUCCCAUGAGCCAGAGAAAAUUGUCAACAUGAUUAUCAAGCAGGAUGGUAAAAUCGAACCAGCCAAUGCUGAUGGUAAAUCUAAGUUGAAUUUUGCUGAUAAAUUUUCAUUUGAUCCAAAGAAUCCCAAGAAAGAUGAGGAGCUGCCGCCAAAUUUUCCUCACGCACCCAUUAUAGCCAGGCCUCGUGGGUUUAUGGGUAGAUUUAAACCCCAGCUACACCGUAGUUUGCUGGAGAACUUUGGCUUUGAAUGUGUCAUGCAUUACAAUGAAGAGCACUGUGCAGGAAACACCAAGGCACCAGAGAAAGAUGAAACUCCAACAUCUGAUGAAAAAGAAGUGACCAAAGAAAAAGAUGAAGAAACUGAAAAAAUGGAAGUUGAUGAGAAAGUUGAAGUUGAGGAAAGUGUGGGAAAUCUGGAGAAAUGUUUCGAGUCAGAAACAGAGGAGAAGAGAGAUGAGAACAAGGAAAACCUGGACCUACCUGAGCUGGGGAAGUGCAGGUGUGGCACCUGUCACAAAGACUUUUCUAAUGUUUGGGUUCUGAAGAAUCACGAGGAAGAAAUCCACAACCAUUUUGUUUCCCCUGAUUUCAUUGAGAACUUUGGCAAGAAAUUUAAAGAGGACUGGGAGAAGAACUUACCCAAAGUAUCAGAGCAUGAUUCUUAUGGGUCCCUACCCUCCAGCUCACCCACCCCCACUAAUAUCUCAGAGAAGAUGAUAGAGAUGCCCCCACCCCCUCCUCCCUCCCAGCCCCAACUGCCAGCCAACUUUGACAUGUCCCAACUUUUACCUCUCAUGAGCCUAAACAUGCUACCUAUGCACCUGCCUUUGAAUCUGGUUGGCUUGGGGUUGCAGAAUUCUCUAAUUCCAUCCUUGAUGAUGCCGACCCUUGACCUCUCUCAGACCUACCUACCUCAGAUGUCGACGCAGUCUAUGGUGGACUCGGCCUCCAACGUCACCACACAACAGCAACUCCAGGCAGCUGCCGCAGCUGCGCAGCAGGCCCAGAACCAGAAGCGCGUCAGGACCAGAAUCAGUGACGACCAGCUGAAAGUGUUGAGGCAGUACUUUGACAUCAACAACUCCCCCAGUGAGGAGCAGAUCAACAAGAUGUCUGACCAGACCGGCCUCCCCCAGAAGGUGAUCAAGCACUGGUUCAGGAACACUUUGUUCAAGGAGAGACAGAGAAACAAGGACUCCCCAUACAACUUCAACAACCCGCCAUCUACCUCCAUUGACCUGGACGAGUAUGACAGGACAGGCAAGAUACCCGAGGUCAAGCUUGAACCAGAGGAGGAAGAAGAACCUGCUGCCUCAGCUGUUCAGGAUGUCAAGAAAGAAACCACUGUGGUCAAGGUGGAGACGGGGGCUGAGAAAGAAGAUGAGCAUGAGGAGGAAGUACUUGAUAAUCCACCACUAAAAAUUGAUCUGGCUCCAAAGAAUGAACUUUGUGAUGAGAGCAGAAAGGAGCAAGAAAGCCAUUCCAAUACCUCAUCACCAUCCAAUAUGUCUUCCAUUCCAUCUACACCCACAGCUUCUGCCCCGGCCACACCCACCCCUAUCCUCACAGCAAACUCUAUCAAUGCUGCCAACUCACUGGCAUUUUCCUUGGAGUCUUAUGCUGCUAACAUAGCCAGACUGGAAGCAGCAACAUUCCAGAGCAUGGGAAAACGAGCCAACAGGACCAGGUUCACAGACUACCAGAUUAAAACACUGCAAGAUUACUUUGAAAGAAAUGCAUAUCCUAAAGACGAUGAACUUGAGCACCUGUCUAAAAUUCUUGGCCUGAGCGCUCGCGUUAUCGUUGUUUGGUUUCAGAAUGCUCGACAAAAAGCCAGAAAAAUCUAUGAAAAUCAGCCACCUGCAGAAAACCCUAAAGAAGUCACAAGUCCUUUCCAGCGCACCCCGGGUUUAAAUUAUCAAUGCAAAAAAUGCAACUCAGUCUUCCAACGUUAUUACGAACUUAUCAAACACCAGAAGAACUCUUGUGUUGGGGAGUCCAACAACAACAAACCAAUGCAUGCUAUGAUAGAAGAUGACAGCAACUUCAGCUACUCCAACGAUGAUUCCAAUUUCUCAGAUCGCCAGAGCACACCAUCAUCAGCCAUCAGAGAGAGGGACUACUUCCCCAGGUCGCAGCCCCAGGAGCCAAUGACUGCCUCCAGCACCGCCACAGUCAAGCUACCCAGCACCUCUCAGUCCUCAACAUCAUCAUCCCAGUCCCUGGCCUCAUCAACCACUCCUGUGCUGCCCACUUUCAAAUGUGACAAGUGCACAGUGACCUUCUCCAGGUUUGAUGCAUGGCAGGACCACCAGAAAGCACACAGCAUUGCACCAGCCAUGUUCACACCUUUCUCAUCCAGCUCAGCUUUCGGCAUGCUCCAGAACUUGGCACACCAGGACGACAAGGCCCUGACGUCCAUGGCAGGCAUGAGCACGCCAAACUCACUUCUACCAUCCGCAGUCUCUGUCCCAAUCUCAGCCUCCCAGCCAUCUUCCUCCAUGGCAACCACCCCCACAUCUUCAUCCACGUCACCCUCACCAUCCUCCAAGAGGAAGACGGACUCAGAAGAUGAGAGUGGGGAGCAGCCAAGAGACAAGAGACUCCGCACUACAAUUUUACCAGAGCAACUCGACUAUCUCUAUCAGCAAUAUCAGGUUGACUGCAACCCAAGUAGAAAGCAGUUGGAGCACAUUGCUAGCACUGUAAACUUGAAGAAGAGGGUUGUGCAGGUUUGGUUCCAAAAUACUCGUGCACGAGAGCGUAAAGGUCACUAUAGAGCUCACCAACAGCUUAUAAACAAAAGAUGCCCAUUCUGCCGAGCACUGUUCCGAGCCAAGUCGGCCCUUGAGUCACAUUUAGCCACCAAACACCCUGAAGAGAUGGCUAAAGGAGACAUCAACAUAGACCUGAUACCUGAUGCCAUGAUUGAACCGCCAUCCAGCCACAGUCUGGGAUCUAUGUCUGGCUCCUCCAAUCACGGCUCAGAUAUAAGCAAGCUCCUCCCACCUGGAUCUGCCGCCACCAUGCCAAACUACAUGGCAUUCAUGUCAUCAGCAGGGGCCCUCAACCUGCCGUUCUCGUCCCCCACGCCAGACUUGCUGGGGCACCCAUCAUUUGAGGACCCCUUCUUCAAGAAGUACAUGAGUGAGCUAGCCAGCAACAUGUCUGCUGGGCGCCAGGACCACAGUGGCCACAUCCCCACACACCAAACCCCCACACCAAGCAAUCCCCCUCACACCCCCAAGUCCAGCAACCACCCUCCCUCAGCCAGCUUCCCCUCUACAGCUCGGCCGCUGGACGCCCACAAACCAAAGAGUACACCCCAGCUACCUGUGCUCCCUCCCAGUGAAGACGCACCUCUAGACCUCAGCAAACCUGUCAGGCCAUCCGCCUCAGCCACCAGCCACUCUGAGUCCACAUCCAGACUCAGCAUCGCAAGCAGUCAGGAUUUCAAUGAGAGAGCCAUGGAGAUGGAGUACCUGAGGCGCCUGAACAGCCUGGAUGAUUCCUUCUCAGAGACCCAGUCUGAAAUGGCGGACAAUGACUACAUGAAUGAAAUGGGAGGCAGCCCACCCUCCCCAUCCCUCACCAGCAACGGCAGCCUGAACCACAGUGGUAACACACCCGGCUCCUCAGGCAAGCGUUACAGGACACAGAUGUCAGCUACUCAGGUGAAGGUCAUGAAACACCUGUUCCAAGACUACAAGACCCCAACGAUGGCAGAGUGUGAGCUGCUGGGCCAUGAGAUUGGCCUGGCCAAGCGUGUGGUCCAGGUGUGGUUCCAGAACGCCAGGGCCAAAGAGAAGAAGGCCAAGCUGAACUCUGGCAAGCCCCUGUGUGGAGACAUGGACUUCCCCAAGUCACCAGAGGACUGUAAACUUUGCAACUACAAGUACACGCAUAAAGUCACUGUCCAGGAUCAUAUAUUCACCAAGACGCACAUUGACAGGGUGAAAAACUUCCUGCACUCAGAGAGUGACCGUGACCUUGACAUGUCUGGCAGCAGUCUGGCCGGUCUGUCUCGGACUCCAGGUGAGGCUGACCGCGCCCAAAAGAUGUGGGACGACUCUGUCUCUUCCAGCCACCUUGCUCAACUCCAUGCCAUGGGCAUCAACCCAUCUGCCAUGGGCAUCAACCCUUCUGCCAUGGGCAUCAACCCAUCUGCCAUGGGCUUCCCUCUUGGCCCAGGAGAGAGCAGUAUGAAAUCUGUGGAGAAACCUGAAUCUGCCAGGAAGGAAAAGAAAGGAGAUGCUUCCAUGUCCAAAGAAGAGCAGCAACAGCAGGUGCAGGCUGCCAUGGAGAUGGCCAUGAAUGCCCAGAUGAUGUCUGCCCUGGGUGGGUACAUGCCAGGCAUUGACCCCGCCUCCUAUUUGACCUACAUGUACGCUGGACUUCCUGGUUACUUCCCUGGGAUGGGGCUGUCUAUUGUCCAACCAGGUCUCUUGCCAGGUGGCGAGCACAUGAUGGCCUAUGACCCCCUGGCCUAUGGUACCCCUCUACCACUUCUACAGAUCCCAGCUGCGGCCAUCAAAUCUGUCAGUGAGAAGUUGGCUGAGUCGGGGGCGGUGCUGGCCAGGUACACACAGGACUGCCAGGCUUUAGCUGACCUUCACAGUGUCGUCACGUCUGCUGACCUGACUGUGGCGGCCGAGGCCACACUGGACGUGGGUUACAUCUGCAAGAAAUGCCAGAUGGUGUACCCCGCCAGGGAGUCUUGUGUUGUCCACCAGCGGUCAGUCUGUUUGGGCAAUGCAGCAGCACUGCCCAAAGGAUAUGAACCUAUAAUGAAGUUGGAACAGAUACAAUAUGAAUGCAGGGCCUGCAAUGAGAAGUUCUCCACCAUCUUGGAGUUUAAAGGUCACUGCCAGCAAGACAGCCACAAGACUAGGCUGAUGAAAUACAAAGCCAAAGAAGCCGCAAGGAGAGAAGCUGCAGGCUCCCCAAGCUCCUCGGCACCCUACACCUCAGGCAAGCCCAUUUCUCCUUCCUUCUCAUCCAAGCCCAUGACAACCUCCCCCAGUAACAACAACAACAAUGUCAGCCACAACAACAACCGUAUUGACACCCCAAGCCCAGCCCAUGCAUCAAAACCUCUGGUACCCUCCCCUGCACACCAGUACAAGAUAGCCCCCACCAGCUCUUCCCCCUCCGUGUACAGGGACAAGCCCCUCCCCCACAGUCCAGGCUUUAGUGAAAUGGUUGACAUGAAGAGGCUCAAAGCUGAAUAAGAGAAAAUGUUCCAAACCAAUGAGAACAAAAAGAAGAAAGAUUUAUGAUACAUUUAUAACAUGUAUUGUCAUAUAUGAUCUGAUUCUAUCUGAUGCCAUGACAUCAGAUAACAUAGAAUGUGAUAUUUAUUCUAAGAAGUAAAUCUAACAUUUUACGUAUAAUCUCAGCAUUUGUUUUAUUAAUAUAUUUUCCAUCUGAAAUCUGGCCACAUUCAUAUAAUGAAAAUAAAUGGCUAGCUUAGAUAAACUUAAGGCAUUGAUUUCCUGUUCAUUGUCUUUGUGAGAAAUCCUCUGAAUACAUUUUUUUGUUGUUGCUAUGAAAUCCAUAAUAAAUGUGAAAUCUUUAAAUGAAUUUGCAAAAUUCAUUUUGUUUUCUUUAUGUUCUAAUUCAUUAGUGUCAAAAAGUAAUCAAUACACCAAUUGAUAAUGAUUUGAAUUUAAAUAGAACUUAUUGUAUUAUUUUUUUUAUCUUGAGAAUUCAAUGCAAAACAAAGUACUGUGGGACUAUGAA